AUGCGUUUCCUGCAAAUAGCAUACAAAGAUGGCAACCACCCGAAUACGCUCCCUAUCCACGUCAAGGAGACCGCGAUGGAGGUCGAGUGGCUAGACGAAGAAGUCUAUGGCCUCUACGCUGACGAAGACUGGGCGUCACUCUUCCCCGGAGACUCGGGCUUCGUUUUUGUGGGUCCUCCGGUCAACGACACCAGCUCCGAGUGGAACGCCAAUGUCUUCGCAAUCGGCAUGUUCCAUCAACUGCACUGCCUCGACGUCUUCCGCCACUCAUACGUGGCUGCUAAAGCGGGCGUCCUGGCCUAUCCGGGCAACGGCACAGGUUUCGAUCAUCACAUCAACCAUUGCCUGACUUAUAUGAGAGAGAUGGUGUUAUGUGCAGCAGAUACUACGCUCAUACAUACCAGGGAUGUGGACGAAACACUGGGUAGAGGGAAGUACGAGGCGACGAGUAUCGGCACGGUGCAUAGGUGCAGAGACUGGACGCAGGUCAGGAAGUUCGUAGAGGACAACAAGGCACCGAUGUAA